AUGCAUCGAUCACGAGGGCUUAUCCGAGGGUUUCUAAACGCUGGCAGAGUUCCCCGAUUCUCAGCGAUGCGUUCCCUGUUCAUUCAAAUGCAAGAGACACCAAAUCCAUUAUCACUGAAGUUUCUACCAGGACAAGCGAUUCUCGACGAACCAAGAACAUAUGAGUUCACCUCUGUUGCAUCAGCGAAAGAUAGUCCACUUGCAAGAGAAUUGUUCCACAUCAAUGGCGUGCGUUCGGUGUUUCUCGGCGAGGAUUUCAUCACUAUCACGAAGAAAGACGAAGAGACAGAUUGGGCAUUGAUGCGAGCGGAAAUACUGUCAGCGAUUACGAAUUUUAUCGAGUCAGGAAAGCCAAUAAUAACUGAAGGUGGAUCUUCUCCGGCUUAUGAAGAUACAGUGAUACAUGAAGAUGAUGAUGACACUGUAGCUAUGAUAAAGGAGCUAUUGGACUCACGAGUACGGCCAAUGGUGCAAGAAGAUGGCGGUGACGUGACGUACAUGGGAUUCACAGACGGCGUCGUCAAGUUGAAGUUAAAGGUGAAAGAAGUGAUAGAGGUGACCGAUGAGGCUGACGACUUGGUUCAAAAAGAACUAGAGAAGUUCGAGAAGUCUCACGGAAUUACCGAUUGA